AUGGUAUAUGAUAGGAGUUCAGAAGCAAAGGCAACGGAAGAUUCACAGUUGGAUACAACCAGAGGCAGUACAGCCAAGUUAAAACGGUUUGAAGAAAUCCUUGUAAAGGGUAAAUCAGGUAUAGUCAUAUGUUUGUUGAUAUGUUAUGCACUAUUGGUCUGAGGAUUCGUUUACUGUGUAUGUCUUUGAUUCGAAAGAAUAAGCGAUCGAGGAACGCGUUCGUUAAUAGUUCAUGCAGCGAACUGAGCGAAGCAUUGGCAUGAUGACAUCUGAUUGCUUUCUCAACUGGCCUUAUCGCAUUCCGGCGCUAGCUUGCCGCGCGAUGAUAUCCACGGACCUGCAGCAAACAGAUCGGCGCCCUCUCCUGAUUUAUUCCAAUUAUUAGCUGACAGAAUCACCCGUCUAAUUCUGAAUUUGAAUAGUGUAAAUUUAUAUAAUCAUGCUAAUAAAGCUAUUAUUUACCAUACCGUAUUACCGCAAGCUCCGGCACAUACCGGAUAAUUUACUUUUCUUAUUAUAUUCAUUUUGAAAUCAAUGGUGUUUCCUGCAAUCUGAUUGGUUCACAGGAGUGAGAUUUCAGCACGAAUCGCACUCCUAGCAGUGCGAUUCGUGCUGAAAUCGCACCGUCUUUCAACCAAUCACAUUAGAGUGUUGACGUCAGCCAACCAAUCAUAUUUAAGGUACGUUUACACGCUGCGAUUUGUUGGGCCGAUUUUGCUCGCUGUAUGUAAAUAACCUGUCGUGAGUACUCGCGUCAGCGCCUUGCGAUUCACAAAAUCGGGAGAAAAAUCUGAAGCAAAACACUGGUUUUUCUCACGAUUCAACGAUUUUUCUUCCGUUGUACGUAAAGUUGAGGAAAACUUUUCGCACGCAGAAAACUAUAAUAUGAACAGACGAGAGAGCGGACAGCUUCAAUUGAACAUUUAAAUCGCUGAAUGUCGAAGAAGGGGCAACGUUUAAUUGCCAAAAUCGGCCCGACAAAUCGCAGCGUGUAAAGGUACGUUUACACGCUGCGAUUUGUCGGGCAGAUUUUGCUCGCUGUAUGUAAAUAACCUGUUGUGAGCUGAGUACUCGCGUCAGCACCUUGCGAUUCACAAAAUCGGGAGAAAAAUCUGUAACAAAACACAGAUUUUUCUCACGAUUCAACGAUUUUUCUUCCGUUGUAAAAUUGUUGAAAACUUUUCGCAAGCGGACAGCUUCAAUUGAACGUUUAAAUUGCUAAAUGUCGAAGAAGGGGCAUUGAUUAUUUACCAAAAUCGGCCCGACAAAUCGCAGCGUGUAAACGUAGCUUAAACGUACCUUUAAUCAUAAGAUUCAAACAGCCAAUCAAUUCUAAGAAAAAUGUGAUACGGCAAAUGAGCAAAAACAAAACAUUUACAUAUGUCAUGAUUUACUCUUGAGUGGCCUAUUAAGCAAUUAAUUUAGUCUUGCACAUAAAAACAAAACAAUAUGGAUAGCUACAUGCAGUAAACUAUCAAAGAAUUGCAAAGAAUUUUAAAAUUUUUGAAAUUUUGCAAAAAGUAACGGGCAAAAAUGCCAACAAAAGCAAAUUUAAAGCGUCAGGGAAAACAAAGGUAAAUUCGCCGGCUAUCCUAUUUCCAAUUUUAAACGCAUAAAACUGCUCUAAAACUCUUUCAGAUCACUCGUAAAACCUACAAUAUGUAGGUUUAUACGUUUAUCGUUUAAAGUGGAAAUUGAACUUCGUGUCGUGCAAUUUUGGACUGAAAUCAAACUUGUGAUUACAAAUCGCUCUCCCGCUUCGCGGUCGUGCGAUUUUGUUAUAAUCAGUACGCGUUUGAUUUCAAUCCAAAUUGCACUCCACUCAGUUCAAUUACCUUUAUAUAUAAGGUGAUUAAAAGCCUUGAUUUUACUGUAGUUAAGAUUGUACCAUUUCAAAAAUAUCUCAUCAAAAAUAGACCAUAUAUAUAGUAUAGGUAUGAUCCAUGCUGUGCAGAAUCUCUCAAACUUGAAUAUUAAUGUUUCACUCGGUAGGGUCAUCCCGCCAUAAUGAGCCACUUCAGGCUGUGGUUGAAAACAAACUUCACGAAUCCGCCUUGAGUGAAGAAAAUAGCAGCAUCCUUGAGAGAAACCGAGCAUUACUUCAAUAUAUUGCUACCUUAGCCAACUCUAAUGAUAAUCAAGAUCAGUUUAACUACGAGUUUGUCCAGUCCUUGCUCAAAGGUGGUGCUGAGAUAAACACCGCUGACCAGUACGGGCAGUCAAUUUUUCACGAGGUAUCAAGAUCAUGGAAUGUUGACGUAGCAAAAUUUCUACUAAAGCAUGGUGAGUUGAAUUAUGGACUCGAAAUCACAUGACCAAAAAGGUCACACAUGAAUUCGUUCCUUUUGCAAAUACCACGUCUCGGUGGUAAUUUUGGUGCUAGGGGAAAAGGAAUGUUUGGAGUGGGCUGAAGAGAUUAUUUUGAAUUUGUAUGUUCUUUUUUAAGUAGCAAUAAUUGGUGUUAUCUCAGACGGUUUUGAACAAAACAGGAUUCAUCCGAACUAGUUUAUCUUUAGCUAAACCUGCUAAAGUCGAAACAUUUCCUUGAAGGUUAACGACCCUGCAAUCCUAUAACAUUUCCAUUCUUAUUUUGUUUUUAAUUGUACUGUUAUACCAAACGUCUACAUUACCCGCAGUAAUAUACAAUUAAUAUUUUGCAGUAGAAUUACCUGCACGAUCAAGGCACACAACAUUAUGUAUUUCAGGCAAGCCAAACACCUCCCCCCUCCCCCCAAGAUUAUGCGGGUUGGUUCCGCAAAUAAAACUCGAGAACAGAAAUAGAAAGUGUAAAAACAAUUUACCAACCUUUAUCUGGUUUGGUGGCAGACAAAGAUUGCAGGCAUUAAACGACAUUUCUGCAUGAAUUGCUCACUUUUGCUAGCCCAACAACUACGUAGUUUCAUGAGCGGUGGCUGUAUCAGAAUGUAUGAACUAUAGCGGAUUAUGCAGGGGCGUAGCCACGGGGAGGGGGAUGGGGGCCGGGUGGGUCUUCGUGUGUUUUCCGCCAAACCUGCAGCCAUGACUUAAACCUGGUUAAGUAAAAGACCUCGGUAUAUUGCUUACACUUUACAUCUGUUCGAAAAUUAGCUAUGCUUGGAGAAUGAGAUGAUGUACAUAUAUAUAUACUCACUGUUUGUCUGCUGUUAUACAUACUUUUCCAACACCAAUGGCAAUGGAUGGAUUGGACACUUUGUAUACGUGUUGUCAUAAACGCGUGUUUUCUCAUUACAUUUCCAUACAUUAGCAACCGGGCUGAAAUCCCAAUUUGGGAUGGACAUAUUAAUAGUCCCCAAAUAUAUUUUUAACUCCUAGGUUGUGAUAUCAACAAACAAGAUAGUUUUGGUCGCACUCCACUGCAUGUAUCAGCCGCAGUAAAUCAGUCACAAAUGACGGAAUUCUUGCUACAGAACAAGGCAAAUAUUGAUGCAAGAACAUUUGGAGAUGAGCAAGCUGCAAUACAUUACGCUGCGAAAAACGGAGCAGCGCAGUCCUUAAAAGUAUUGCUAGGAUAUCAUGCAGAUAUUGAUACACUGGAUGCGAAUAAAAAAACACCACUCCAGGUAAGCUUAUGUAUCAUUAUUAACCUCUAUUUCUGGGUCUUCAAAUAUUUCUGGGUCUUCAACAAAUUUCUGUUUCACAGAACUUAGGGCCUGGUCAUAUGAGCCCGGUUUGCAGGAAGCUCACCUGAUUUCUGCGUUAAUAUCAGUGUUAGGGAUCACAUGUCAAUUGCCGGAGAUGAAUAUCCUAUUCCUGCAUGCAGUGGCGUGGCCAGCCCGACGAUUCAGUCAUGUUUAAUUUAUAAAAUAUCAACCGGCACAAUCAAUUUCUAACGAAAGAAAUACACUAAUGAUAAUGAGUUGAAAUUUGCAUAGCGGGACCAAAUCGUCGGGCUGGCUAUAUACGCCUAUAUUAGAGCAUAUUAUGUAUAUUACAUUAUACUCGUAUGUAUUCUACUCGAAAGCAAUAAUUUCAACGUCAAAAUAAUAUAUAGAUCUUGUUUUUGUCGAAAUUUCCGAGAUUUAAAGUUAAGAAAUUGUGACAUCGUACGUAAAAUAUAUAAAGGCAUUUUUAUUUUCAUUGUUUAAUUCAUUUAUGUGUUGAUUUAAAACUUUUUACUUUAACAAACUUUCAAAAUAAUUUAUCAAAAAUGCCUCACAAUGGCGCGUAGCCGUUAAGAAAUGAAACUUUAUUUUAUAUAAUGUCCAAGAUAGCAACACGUAAAGUGAAGAAGUUAAUCAUCACUGACUGAUUGAAUGGUUAAUUUGGCGAAAGUACCAUUCGCACGUGACGACUGAUACCUGUUUUCCACUUGCGAAGUGAAUUUUUCAUUUUCUUUGGUCUCUCAACUGGAACCGUCUGGAACGAAUUGGAUAAAGACAAGAUAAAAUUCGCAAAGUGGAAAACCGGCUUAAGAAUGGUUAAUAAUAUUUAUACAGUCUUCCGAUCCGUCACGACAUAAGCAUUGCGUUUCAUUAACUCCGGUUAUAUUUUAUUUUAUUUUUAUAUCAUUAGCUCGCUGCAGAAUGGACACGGCAAGAAACCACUAAAAUUUUAAUCGAAGAAGGAGCUGCAUCAUGUUCUCCUGACUCGUCCGGUUAUACACCACUCUGUGUGCUGAUCGAUCGCAUGCCAAACCUCGCGUUGGACGCGCUCAAUCAACUUCACAAGAGGGACGUGAUUAGUAUGAAAGAUUACUAUCAUCUGCAACAUUUGGAAACAUCAAAACGAAAUCACGAAACUAAAUCAACGCGAACAGCUCUAGAAACUGCGGUUGCAACAAGAAAAUUCGAAGUGGUAACACACCCAGUUAUGCAGAGGCUCAUUUCGAACAAGUGGAUCCAAUAUGGUCGAUUGUCAACGAUCUUUGAUCUGCUAUUUCAUGCUGUAUUUGGAAUUAUGUGGACAACUGUGUGCAUAGGUACACCAAAAAGUGGACGAGCCCUGUACAUCCCGUUGGAAGAUCAUGUUUGGAGGGUAGUCCUUGGUUUGAUUAUUAUACUGUUGACAGUUUACGAUAUUGGAAACCAUGCCUAUGGUAAGUAG